AUGCCGUUCUACUUUUCUAGUCGUCGACUCUGCUCGUACCUACGCGCCCGUCAGUCAAUCGCCAUAACAACCGUGUCGGGCCGUCUCGGAGGUUUGCGACCAAGAGAAUUCGAAAAGGUGGAGUUGAAGAAUCAAAGAUUUGUAGGAGCCAGAGACUACAAAAUUAUAUUUAUGAAGAGAAGAAUCCUUUAA